CAUCAUUGCCUCUCCACCCAGAGCUGGGGCCGGCGGGGAGUCGGGCUGAGUCAGCGCACACACGGGCCAGGCCGGGCAGGAGCGCCAGGACCCGGCGCCCCCGAGGGUCUUCUCGCUCUGCCCACUUCAGGGAAGGAGCGAGGGGUCCGAUCGCCAAGCCUGGAUGGAGACAGACUGAGACUCCUGAGAGCCAGGCUAGCCCGACGGCGGCGGACGGCCCCGUGGGGCUCUGUGAGCGGCGGCUGGCUGGGGGCUGCCCUCCCAGGACGCCGGGCCCCGAACAUUCUCAGCACAAGGGAGAGACGCCCGUGAGCUCUCAGGACGGCCGCAUUCCCCACACUAAGGAGAAGCAGAGUUUUUCUUUCUGGAACCUGUGAAAAUGUCCCUUUCCCGGGGAAGUGAAAGUUAGGGCGCGUGCUGGGCAGCAGACCCUCAGGACCGGGGCUCGGGUGGCACCCUGAUCCCCGCGCAGCCAUGAGGGGGCUGCUCUGGGGUGGGCACCCCUGGCUGCUACUGAUCUUUUGGGAUUUCCAGGUCCGCGGAGCCUUCUCCAGGUCGCUGGCCCAUCCAGGGUUUGAGGUCUUGGCUUCUGCUUCCCAUUACUGGCCGCUGGAAAAUGUGGAUGGGAUCCAUGAGCUUCAGGACACAACUGGAGUGUUGCGAACCCACAACCUCACUGUGCUUCCUUCCCAUAACUCUACCUUUGUUCGUACCAAUGACUCUGCCUACUCAAAUUUCUCUGCAACCGUAGACAUCGUGGAGGGGAAGGUCAACAAGGGCAUUUACCUCAAAGAGGAGAAAGGAGUCACCCUUCUCUACUACGGGAGGUACAAAGCCUCCUGCAUCAGCAGCCCAGCACAGUGUGACCCGGAUGGUCCCUACUGGACUCAUGUCCUGUUUACAUGGAAAUCCAAGGAAGGCUUGAAAGUCUACGUCAAUGGGACCUUGAGCACCUCUGACCCAAGUGGCAAAGUGUCUCAUGCCUAUGGGGAGCCCAGCGUCAACCUCGUGAUAGGGUCUGAGCAGGACCAGACCAAGCGUUAUGAGGAUGGAGCUUUUGAUGAGUUCAUCAUCUGGGAACGGGCCCUGACCCCGGACGAGAUCUCGAUGUACUUCACAGCUGCCAUUGGUCAGUGGGCAUGUGGGGGAGGGCUCGGGCCAGCUCUGCCCGUCUCUGGAAGGGCAAGGCUCCUUCUAUCUGCCUCCCUUACUAGCACUUCUCACUCCGCAGUUUUCUUAAAAACAAUGGAAGAGGUUCUUCAAUUGCCCACUUGGAUUGAUGUGUCAGAGGACAAUACCAUGGUGCUGGGCUUGGUCGAGACCGUCGACAUUGUCAUGGACCACAUCUCUUCCAACCUGGACCCCAGCGAGCCCCAGGUCACCAUCGUAGGCUCUUCCUCCAUGGCAGAGUUUUCUGUGGCCAAACUCCUACCCGAGACCAUGAAUUCCUCCCACUACCGCUUCCCGGCCUGGGGGCAGAGCUACAUCGAGGUUCCCCACAAGGCGUUCCGCAGCCAAGCCUGGACCACCAUCGUGGGCCUUCUCUACCACAGAAUGCACGAUUACCUGGACCACAUCCAGCCAGCCAAGACCAAGAUUGCUGAGGCAGCAAAUUACAAAAGGCACGUGCUGUCCGCGGCCAGCUACCUGAUUUCUCUGGAGGUGUCCCCGCCGCCUGUGCUCUCCCAGAACCUGUCAGGAUCUCCGCUUGUCACGGUGCAGCUCAGGCACAGACUGUCCCACAGGCAGCGCAGCGAGGCCACCAACAACAGCAACCUGGUGUUCCUGUACUGUGCCUUCCUGGACUUCAGCUCCGGAGAAGGGGUCUGGUCCAACCAGGGCUGUGUGCUCACCGAGGGGAACCUCAGCUACUCCGUCUGCCGCUGCACUCACCUCACCAACUUCGCCAUCCUGAUGCAGGUGGUGCCGAUGGAGCUCACACGUGAACACCAGAUGGCGCUCUCGUCCAUCACGUACAUCGGCUGCUCUGUGUCCCUGGUCUGCCUGGUGCUCACGCUGGUCACCUUCGCCAUGCUGUCUUCCGUCAGCACCAUCCGGAACCAGCGCUGCCACAUCCACGCCAACCUGUCCUUCGCCAUCCUAGUGGCCCAGAUCCUGCUGCUGGUCAGCUUCAGCUUCAAGCCUGGCACAGUCCCCUGCCGGGUGAUGGCCAUGCUCCUGCACUACUUCUUCCUGAGCGCCUUUGCGUGGAUGCUGGUGGAAGGGUUGCAUCUCUACAGCAUGGUGAUCAAGGUCUUCGGCUCAGAGAACAGCAAGCACCGCUACUACUACGGGAUAGGAUGGGGUUUUCCUCUCCUGAUCUGUAUCAUUUCAGUGUCAUCUGCCAUGAACAGUUACGGCACAAAUAAAAACUGCUGGCUGUCCAUCACGAGCGGCGCUGUCUGGGCCUUUGUGGCCCCUGCGCUGUCCAUCAUAGUGGUCAAUGUCGGCAUCCUCGUUGCUGUGACCAGGGUCAUUUCACAGAUCAGCGCCGACAACUACAAGAUACACGGGGACCCCAGUGCCUUCAAGUUGACGGCAAAAGCCGUGGCCGUGUUGCUGCCCAUCCUGGGAACCUCGUGGAUCUUUGGUGUGCUUGCUGUCGACAGCCAGGCCUUGGCCUUCCAGUACAUAUUUGCCAUCCUCAACUCCUUACAGGGGUUUUUCAUCUUCCUUUUCCAUUGUCUCCUGAAUUCAGAGGUGAGGGCUGCCUUCAAACAUAAAACCAAGGUCUGGACCCUCACGAGUAGCUCCACCCGCAACACUAACGCGAAGCCCUUCAGCUCCGAUGUCAUGAAUGGGACCCGGCCAGGCACCGUGUCCACCAAGCUCAGCCCCUGGGACAAGAGCAGCCAUUCUGCCCACCGCGUGGACCUGUCCACUGUGUGAGCAGGGAGGCCACUGACUGGCCAUCUUGCUGCUCAGAACACACCCCGCAAACUAAACACAAGAAACACUCUGCCUUCACCGUGGGACCCUCUCCUUGUUGCUGUCUGGAUGUGGGGAUCCUGGCCCCCGUGACAGGCUUCCUCACCUCUGACCCUCCCGUGUGACAGAGCCCACUGCUGGGCCCGAAGCCUGAUGCACGGUCGUGGGCGGCCCUCCCGGCUCUGGUCCUCCCGUGGCCAAGUGACUGUCCCCCGGGGCACCCGCCAUGAGCAUACAGGACCCUGGGGCUGCAGUGCGAGGAGGGCAAGUUAGCCUGGGCGCCGUGAUGGGGACUUGGGACCAGAGGGCCAGGUCCUGUGGGGGAGGUGAGGGCCCCCAGGGGCCCCUGAGGGUCAGGCGGAGGCAGACGGGUGUGUGAGGAGGUGAAGAAUGUCCUCAACCUGCUGAAUCAGCCGUCACAAGCUCUGAGAAGAGGGGCCCUGUGCAGGCUGGUGCCCCGCAGGCCACGCUUGCCUUCCAGUGCGGGGGCUUUGGGCUGUGGGCGCUGACUGCUCAGGCCUGGCCGCAGGUGAAUGCCCCUUCUGGGGGAGGAGCGGGGUGGGCCCGCUGCGGGGAGAGCUCCCAGCCCCCCCCUCCGAGUGCUCUCUCCACACUCACGGUCCACCUCGUCCCGGCCCCGCUGCGAGCACCUGAGCCCUCCCUCGUCCCGGCGGCCCCACAGGGGUUUCCCAUGGCCUCACUUCCCCAGAGCUUCCUGUUGGUCACCUGCAGACGCCUUCUGCGUCUCACGGGCAGAUGCCCGUGGAGGGGAGUGAGCGCGUUCCGUGUGGCCGCAGAGGCCGACUGCCGCCGGCAGGGCUGCUUGCCCCACGGGCCUGGGGAGGGUGACCUGACGGCUGUGUCUUCCAGUUGCUGUUGGUUUGUGAGCUGGGGCUGGGUGCCCUAGGAAAUGGGGUGGCCGUUACCGCUGUGUGUGUGGGCAGGGUCCUUGGGACGCCAGGGCCUGUGACCUUAGAAGCUCCCCCAGUGCCAUUGACUAUGGGGACACAGGCUGGGAGAGCUCAGACCGGGGCGUCCGCGGUGACGGUGUGUGUGAGCAUGUGGCUCAGACGGUCAGACCUGUGGCCGAUACUGGAGAAUCUUCUGUAAGCUGUGACCGCGGUGGCACCAAGCCCUGCUCGCCCCACACGCCCGCCCGUUCUCGGGGGGCCUUCCCUCCGUGGUUCUGCGUGCCUUCCCCCUCCUGCUCAGGUGCCACCCCGAUCACUCACUCACCCACAGGCAUGUCCUGCACGGGGAGGGGUCUGACCGAGAGCCACGUGUGGAUCGCGGUGCGUCUUUGUUCUUGCCUCCCCGCGAGGCCCCGGGGCCGGGCGGGGGGCUGGAGUGCUGCCGAGACCCCGUGUGUGUAGUGAAAAGCCCGAGUGUGCCCAGCGCCUGCCCAGGCUUCCUUGUGAUUCCAGAAACCAGACCACUUGUAACUGGGCGUUGGAUCCUCGUCAUGCCCGCAAGCACCUAGAAGUGAGAACACUGUAUUCCUGAGAUCUACGCUUGGAGUUUCGUCUCUUUCGUCUCUGGUGAAGCAAAUCGAGUAAGAACUGUCUUUCCUUUAGGAAAUUCUGUGUUUUACGCUCAGCAUAUUCACUCUACAUAGCUAAUAUAUCAAGGGGAGUAAUGAGCAAACUUUUUAUUUCUAAUGAAGGAAAGCAGUGCACUUUAUUUAUAGGUUAUAGACUUUGGCUUCUGCAGUGCUUUGUUAUCUACACAUAAUUUGGCCAAAGAUGAUAAAUAGGAAAGAAUCGUGUGUUUAGAGUAGUUCACAGCACAGGAAAAAUGAUGAAUGCCACUAAGUAGUGAAAACAUGUUGUGAUUUUUUAUGAAAUAAACUCUCAAUGUCCUUAAGAUGAA